AUGGCUGAGGAGCUGGUGCUCGACACGGCGAUCCGGGACUGGGUCCUCAUCCCGCUCUCCGUGGUCAUGGUGCUCAUCGGCGUGCUCCGCUACUUCGUCUCCAAGCUCAUGCGCUCCCCGCCGUCGGCCUCCCCCUCCCCCGACCCCAAGACCGUCAAGGAGGGGCAGGUCGUCAUCAGGGCGAGGAACCUGAGGAACGGCGCGCAGUUCAUCCCGGCCAAGGCCUUCAAGGCCCGCAAGCUUUAUUACACCAACGGGGAAGCCGGAUUGCUUCAUGUUCCUAAAGAGGAUGCCCAGAAGGCUCAGGCGGCUAUGUUUUCGGACCCAAACAUGGCCAUGGAUAUGAUGAAGAAGAAUCUCUCCAUGAUAGUUCCACAGACACUUACAUUUGCAUGGGUGAACUUCUUCUUUUCCGGUUUUGUUGCAGCCAAAAUCCCCUUUCCAUUGACUCAACGAUUCAGGGGAAUGCUGCAAAAUGGGAUAGACCUGAGUACUGUUGAUGUGAGCUAUGUUAGCAGCCGUUCAUGGUACUUCCUCAAUUUAUUUGGCUUGAGGGGUCUUUUCAGUCUCAUCCUUGGUGAAGAAAAUGUUUAUGCAGCUACUGAUGAUGCCCAAAAGAUGAUGGCGAUGGGUGGUGGAAUGGGCUUUAAUCCAGCAAUGAGCUUGAGCGCAGAGAAAGACAGCCUCGACAUCAUCCAGCAUGACUGGGCUUUACCGAAGAUGGAGCGUCAUGCCGAAGAGGUGUUGAGGAAACUACUGAAGAAUUGA